UUCACAGCGAACUCGACAGAGUCAAAAAUGCAGCCGUGAAGCGACGAUGAGGCUGCCCUUGCUCCUGGCCAGCGUCGCACGCGUCGCCGCGGAGCCGUGCACCAUCGAAGCCAAGCUGCUGGCCGUGGCCUCACGACACAUCGACCUCCACAUCCGCAGCGUCGACGCGAAUGGGACACGACGGGACGUCUGGGGCGAACUGACGUUCCACUGCUCUCUCCUCACGAAGAAUGGCACGGAGCUACUCCCUGAAUUAAGGGUGACGUGGGAGGACGUCGGCCUCGUAAAUGUCUGGGUGCGAGGCUUGAUUGAUUUAAGAGGCAGACUAGUGCUGGAGGUCUCCCACGCGCCCGACGGGUGCACGACAGCGACGGGCACGUUUGACCUCGAGCUGACGGGUGAUUUUGAUGAUCUGGUGCCGCCUUACGACGGAGACGACGCGGACGAGGUCGUAGGGACAUCAAAGGGUGGCCUGGUGUUGUUUGAUCGUCGAGAGAAGGACGGAGGCGAGAAGAUUCCCUUGCGGUUCACUCUGCCUUCAUCAAGACGAGACGUCUACGCGCAGGCGGUUCAUGCUGUGGAGCGGUUGCGGUUGUGGAAGGAGGCCUUCCCCGGCUGCUUGCUGUAUGACCGGGCGUGCCAAGCAACACAGAUUGUGGAACUACUCGACAAUAGUCUCGCGUUGGCUAAAGAGGAACCUCAACCGAAAUGUAGAUUAUCAUUGGACCGGCCGAGGGAUGGCGAGGUGUUGGUUUUAGGCGACGUUGCUUGUGAACUAGGUGUGGAGGUCUACGAAAACGAAACGUGGCACUGGAAGGCUUUUUUAGCAGGUCCGGUCCAUCUGGACGCCUAUCCCAGUGAAAGGGAUGGAGGCUCAGCUCUGUGGAGCACGGCGGCCGGCCAGCACUGGAACACGCUGGAGGAGGACCAUAGGGGUCAAGUGUCUAUAUCAUUAAAACCGGCAUUUAGAAGGGAGGGCGGCGGCGGCGCCAUGGACGGGGGGUUACGCUCUUUGUUUAGGGUCGAGGCGGCGGCGUAUUUUGGCGUCCGAGGUUAUUGUCCCGAGCCGCGGUGGUACCAUGCGGCCAAGACGGUGACGUACCGGCCCUUCCAAGAACCAGAAGUACCUGCCCGCAUCUGGGAUCGGGUUUCAUUAUCAAAAAGAACUUCUCAAUACGAGACGGCGGUCGCGACCAUCCUGUACGGCUCGUCCAGUGAUACGGGCUACGUGCACGGCGCUCUUACAUUAAAACAGUCUCUACUGGAGAAUGGUGUAUCUGUGCCUUUUUAUGCCUUGUUAGGAGACGAUAUGGACGCCGAGGCGAGGAACGCUUUACAAAGUUUUGGCUUCAUCUGUCGGGACGUCCGUCCCAGAAAGGGCGUGGGCCACUCGUCGGCGUUGCCGGCCCUAGGAUUGGGCCAGUGGGCCAAGCUCCAGCUCUGGUCAAUUGAUGCGGAGCGGGUCAUUUACCUGGACAGCGACGUACUUGUACUCAGAGACGUCUCGGAGUUAUUCUCAGCCUUGGAUGGGGGCGAGCCGCUCGCGGCCCCGAACGACUACUUGAGUGGAGGUGUAUUAGUACUGAAGCCGGGCCCCGAGCCCUUCGACGAAACACUAGCAGAGGACUCUGGUUUAUAUGUGUACGGCGAGCAGGACUUUCUGAACGUGCACUUCGCAGGAAAGCACACUAGAUUAUCCCUAGAAUACAAAUGUUCCGCAGAGAAGGUCGCGAGCGGCGAGUGGCCCAAGGGUGCCGAUGCUUGUUCGAUCCUCGAGUUCGACUCGUGUACCAUUGGCACGGGCCACGUCGCGUGGAAGCCCUGGCACGGCGUGGCCAUGUUCAAUUCAAGUGAUUUUCGGGUCUAUUUUCGCAAGCCGGACGCUACGAUCAUUGAGCUGACGGAGCGGUGGGCGGCCGUGCAUCAACGCGCUCUGAAGGCGCUGACCGCGCCGCUCGCGCCGCCGCGGCCGUACGGGCCCCUGCAAGACUUGACGCAUUUUCGGGUCGUGCGCGGGGACCUCUGAGUCGUCGUUGUAAUGUUGUGUUGUCAUUCCAAAGCCGCCUAGACUUGCAA